AAUUAUUUUCCUCUUUUUGGGAAAGAAAUUUAAUUUUUUUUUUAGUUAUGAAGCAAAAGUUUGAUAUUUUAGACUCGUGUUAUUUAAAAUAUUAGAUAAUAUUUCGUUACGAUACGAGAAAAUGAUUAACUUCUAUUUUAAUAAAGACCUUAGUAAUGAACGGCCUAAAAUCCCAGACUACUCUGAAUAUUCCCUUUGAGAUUUAAAGCGCUGUAGCCAAAAAGUUCUUGCUCGAGUUUGCUUGGAACAUUUAGGGAUCAGUCCGAAGUAGUAUUCAUCGCAAUCCGCUUCCAUUUCUACUACUACGUACACAAGAGCCUUUGUGGUAUUAAUUGUCGUAUAUAACAAUGAAACGAGCGAGUAGGCUCUAACGCAGUUUUUUUUUAGAGGAAGAAUAUAAGGAAAAACGAAUAGCAAAUUUUUAACUCCCUUUUCAGAGAAAUUGCGGAUAUAUGCAUUUCCGAUUUCGCCUUUAAAACUAUUUAAAAAAAACGCGUUUUACGAAUAGUUAAUUUUGCAUAUUGUUAUACAUGGCCAUGCCGUUUCGAAUCUGCAAUGAAAUGAAAUUUAUUUAGCAUUUAUAACUGAUACUGUGCUGUUCCCUCUAUAUUGAUCUACUAAUUUAUGAUCACAAAUGUGCCGCAGGAUAAACCAAAUUUAGCACUUUGCGGCCCACGUCAAAUUACAUUCUAUUGCAAAGCUGCAUUUUGGAAUCUGCGAGAGUCGUGAUAUAUUAUGUAUCGCCGCUCGUAUUCGCCUAUUUUCACACGAUACGCUGCAUCCAUGAUGAUCCAUCCAUCAAUCCGUCAUUUGGACGCUAUGCAAUACGAGAGAUAAUGAUGCGCUUUAAAUAAAUUAUAAUUAUAACCACGAAAAUUUAAUAACGUGAAUAAGGAAACAACCAUGUGAAAACAAAGCAGAAGUCCCACGGUCACGUGCAUCGGAAAAAUUUAUUGUUUAAGAAAAAAAAAAAUACGAGAGGUUCCUAAUUUUUCAUCGAGCAUCGUUACUUUUACGGUUAUUAAUUUUCACAUCAUGUAUAACGCUGUGUAUAUAUCUGACGGAUAUAUGAAUUAACGUUUCCCUUGAAAACAUUCAGUAGGUCACCAUGUCGGUGUUGAAGUGGGAGGAACCUCCUGAAGUCUUUAGGGAGGCUAUCCUUUAUCGCGAAUGGGGUUAUCGACUGACCAGUCUGAGCAGAUGCCACUCGGCCGUAAAUUAUUUUGAGAAGGCGUCCAAAUCAGCCAAGGCUGAGGAUCUCAGAAUGCUGAUUGGCUUCUACAGAGCGCUCAUGAAGUGCACGAAAUAUUUCGCGGCGGAAAAACUGUCGGAGAGAUGUAUGAAAAUAGGUGAGAGCUUCGUAAAGUGUAAGCGUAAAACGCCACAAUCUCUGCGUGCACCGUCCGUGUCUCCCUUCGCAGAUCCCCAGCAUUAUAAAGUCCGGCAGAUGCGAAUGGAGGCGCUUUUCCAGAUCGGUGAGUUCGGUCACAGUCUGGUUCACGCUUACUGGGGUUUGCGCCGGCAUCACGAGUUGACCUUUGAGCACGGCGUCUAUCAGGCAAACGAGACCAUCGAAGAUUGCGUCGGCCGGAAUACGUCGCCGGUCGCGCUGCUGCUGCUCUACCCGUGGAUACGGCGUCUGUGGGAGCAUCGCGAGCUCCUAAUCGGCAAGCACGUGGAGGAGGAGACCGAGGAGGAGCUCGAGGGUGCGUAUCGGAGCGAUUUAGAGAGCCAGAGCCGGGGAAACGAGCGUGCUCGCGCGCGAUAUCACCACGAUCGGGUGUACUUGGGGUGGAAAAAAAGUGAGGAGCGUAUUGACUUUACGAACGCAGGUGUCGCGCAGGACGAGGUGAGAGUCAGGAUAAACGAUCCCGAGAUACAACGGCAGGCGUGGAUGAGAAGACUGCAGCGCGUCAUCGCGAAAAUGGAUAUGGGCUACUUGGCGAUCGAUAAGGAUUUCCUCGAGGAGAUCGCGAGCCGGCCGGAGAUCGUGGCCUCGCCGAUCGACAGGAGGUCGACCAACGAGCUGCUCGGCCUCGCGAGCACGUGCUGUCGUAACGCGACGUACCUGCAGGAUUUUCUACGUAUGAGGCGGCCGUUCUACGUAACCCUCCUCCGACGACGUGAGAUUCCGAGGAGUCGCCGAACGAUGAUGGAACAGGAGCGAAAAUUGCGAAGGAACAUCGCCGUCGUAAAGGCGGAUUUUCUCCUGCGACUCCUGCAAGCCGCGAGGAUCAACGGGGACUAUCCGAGCUUCUUCAGGUCGGUGCCAGUGUAUCCGGACUUGUUCAGAGCGAGUCAAUAUACUGCGGAUAUACUGCGAUAUUUCGAACGUCCGUUCUUUAAAAUUGGAAUAUCUUUCUCGAGACGUUCGCGAAUACGAAUAGUCCAUUAUCAUCUUGCCAGACUCGUCGAUCACAUUAGAGACGCCUUCGACGCGUACACGGAGAAGAUGUUUCCGCUGAAACAAAGGUGUCUGGAGGCGCUUUAUAAGGUAGUGGCGCGGGUAUACCUUGAUACGCGUAAUUUGAUGUGUCUAGACAACGAGGAAACGAAGACGAGAUAUUUGAAACAUCACCUGGGAAUACGAGUUGCAACGUUGCCCCGGGAUAGUGAUAUCGCGUGGAUGCCAACCGUGAAUCCGAAGAGGACGUUGAAGAAAUUCCGGAGGAGAUUAGCUAUGGCAUCCGCGCCACUCGAGCUCGCCUGGCUGUAUCAUGAAUUUUGCAAGUUACUCAUUGACAUACACCGCCUCGACCUGGCCAGAUUCUACGCCAAGAAGGGGCGCGACAUGGCGCAGAAGGCGAACUGCGACCAAUGGGUCCUAAACAUCGAUCACCUGAUGCUGCGAAUAGAGAUCUGCCAAAAUAACCGAAACGAUGCGAGGGACGUUGCGAUCGAGGCGCUCGCGCACGCCAGAAAGCUCAACAUCGAUUGUUUGGUAAAAAUAAAAUUUGAACGAUUUUCGGAAGAGUUGUGGUACGCAUUAGAUUACAACUCUCCCCUAUAUUUCCGUUAUUUGGAAUCUUCUUCACAUCACAAAAAGGUUAAAAAAAGCCAUCGUUUUGGAAAAUUUUUUCGUAAAGAUAACGGUAAUAAAAAGAAUAUAACGAUCCCCUCUUGCGAAAAGCAGUUUUCGCCAUUACGCGACACAAUCAACUUGCUGACGUUAGAGAUAAGUAAGGCAUUGACGUGGCGCUUAAUUCAAGGGCCGGUCCCCGUAAUGUUACCGCAGAUAGAUUUCUAUGAAAGAGCCGUGAGGGUGGUGGACGAACUGGACGUGGAGCGUAGCGUCGACUUUGAAGGCAUCGCCGCCAGGCAGCAGCUUAUCCUCGAGCUGAUGCCGAAGGAGAUGAAGGGGGAGGUGGAUUUUCUGUGGCGGCGAAUGGACGUCGUGCCCGCCGUGAGGCGACUCUCCAUCAUGCCGGGCUGCAAGCCGAUCGAUCGAAAGUUCAAAAUGCGGUCCGCGCAAAGGACCAUACUACCUAGCCCGCCGAAGGACCCCGAGAGGGAGGCCAGGAUCGCCCGGCUGAGGCGGCACGACCGGCCGCGCAGGCCGCCGGGUUUCGUGAAUUUUCAGGAGUUCGAAUAAUCGGGCAGUCAAUCGGAAACGCAAACGCAAACAGUUCCCCAGUUUUGCAUUUGUUUACGAAGCAUUAAUCGCAAAUAAUCUCAUUGCGGACAAUCGACACAUGCCAGACGCAGACGGUAAUGACCUGGAUUCGCGUGCGGGGGAAAAAUCACUCGGUCGUGGUAUUAUUAACGCGCGCGUUUGUUUCAUUUAAAAUUUAUCGGGGGCCGUAAAAAAAAUACGUGCGCGUCCGCGAGUUUUUAUUUCACCGUCGACGGAAGUGAUUUUAUUUACGUUUUGCAGCGGGGGAAAAACAUUUCAGAAAUACACAUUUAUUUUAAUUACUCGCUAGAAUAACGUACUUUACACCGCUUUCUGUCUCUGUCGAAAGCUUCAAUUCUUAUCCGGGCGGUUAUUACGUAAACGAGCAAACCCACGAUUCAUUAGACCCCUAACUAGUCUGAUGGUUUUAUGUACGUGCGGGAUAUGGACAAAAUAGUGUAAAUAUCUGGGAAGUACACUUUUUAUAAUCAAAUGGAAAUUAAUUUACCAUUUAUCUUUAAUACAAGUUUUAGCCUUGCUUGAAAUACAGUUAUACGAUGCUUUAAUGGAAUGUUGUUCUAGCAGAAUAUUUUUCAGCUGAUGUUGGAGAAAUAAAUUUGCUUACCGCAUUAUGUUUUAAAAUUGCUAUUUGUGCUUCAAAAUUUCAUUUUUUUUCCCCGACCAACGUAAUUGCGUGCCUUAAAUAUCGUUAUCAGUUUUGAAGGGUAGAAUAAAAACAGAUUUUCUGUUCCAAUAUAUCUAUUAUAUUAAAAGAUAUUCUAUUAGAAGAAUGAUAGAAUAUUACUGGUAACUAUUAUUGGUAUUAAAGCAUUGUAUGACUCUAAACAAGAAUAAAAUUUAUAUUAAAGACAAAUAAUGAACCAAUUUUUUAAUAAAAUAAAUAGUAUAAUUAAAUUAUUUGGUGUAUCUCCCUAUAUAACAUACAAAUUAAUGCAUUAAUGAAUUAUUAAUUAAUAUUUUAAUUGAUAUUCGCAAGCUCCAAUGUAAUACAGAUAUCUUUUCAAUUGCGCUCUAAAUAGCAUUGUAAAAUUGUUUACAGCAAAUGUUUUUCACAAUUUUACAUAAUUUUACAUAAUGUUAUUUUUUUAAAUUUUGACCUUUAAAGUAGAAAAAUAUUUGAUUACGACUUUCAGCGAAAAUACAUUAAUUUAAAGUUUUGUGAGAUACGCAGCAUCCGCAAAUAUCAAUUAACAACAUUUAAAUACAUAAAUGAUACAAUUAAUAAAGCUAUUAUUAUUAUUACUAUUAUUGUUAUUAUUAUUAAUACAUAUUUUAUUUAAAUUUGCAAGCUGCAUCUGAGUGUAGCAGAUCCUGCUUGCCCGGAUAACAGUUAAAAGGAUCAAGAUGAAGUUGAAGGAAGACGCUGAUUUAAGAAUUCUCGACGUCAACAUGGCAACGCCGUUACUUUACGUAAUUACAAUCGGCGUACGGUAACUUCUCUUUUUAUUUGCCGCGCAUCACCACGGUGCGGCGCCUCGUUAUCCCCGCGUUUCAAUCUGGCGACGCCUGACAGGACCAUUUCGCCGUGAUGCACCGGUCCGAUUUCCAAUAACGACAUCUCCCAAUCCGAGAUGAACAACAUUCUGAACUACCCUCCGUGCAGGGCUAGCGAAAGCACCGUAGAAAAAGUCUCCUUACUUCAACGACGCUCUCGCGAUUUUCAAUCCCCUACUCCCCUAUUUUCUUUUCUUUCCUGUCUUUUUUUCAGUCGUUACCGUCCUCUGAUAUUUCACAGUCUCUUUCACCCCUUUUGCGUUUUCCCCGCUCUAUUUACCAGGCUCUCCGACAACAUUUUACCGCGGCGGUACGCCGGCCGUUAAUUGGCAAGAAUAAUUAAUUAGUUGUCGCAUGGGGACAAUAUGGUAAUAUAUAUUGAGCGACGGAGAAAGACAGAGAGGGAGGGAGGGAGAGAGAGAGAGAGAGAGAAAGAGAAAUGGGAGGAAAAAGGAAAAUUAGUGCGUCGGAAAUUGAAUAUAAUAAAUGAAAUAUAUGUAUUUACAAUUUGAAAUUUAAUUAAAAUCCUUUAUAUUGCUGCAGUGCACAAGUCUAACGUGAUAUCGAAAGAUAUCGAUACGGUGUCUCGUGUAAAGUGUACGCGCAGCGUGAAAUAUCUGUACAUUAGCGGGCGAGUUACAAGUACCCGAGAUUAUAUCAGAUUUCAAUAAUGGUUCAAUCAGGUUUCUGAAGAGUCAAUAUGCAAUUACGUUUUUUUUUUUUAGCAACUACGUACUUUCUUUAUACCAAUCGUUGAUUAAGAACUAUAUUAUUGAAAAUUAAAUAAAAUGAAACAAUACAAUUAAUCUUUUUAUUUCUAAUAUCUACUAAAAUAACCAGCAAACUGUUGUUCUUUAUAUGUUUAGAUAAAAGUUUCUUCUAAUUAUUGUUAUUCUUAAAAUUAACUAUUUUUUAAUUAAUAAUUAUUAGAUUGGCGUAAACUGUAUCUAAGCAUAUAAAAACCAGUUUUGCUCGCGUACUUUUUCUUAAGAAAUACGUCAUGUUGC